CUGGCAUCCUAAAACGCUUUAAAAAAGGACCUCAUUCCUCAAACCGCAGCAAUAGUGAAGUUGGGGACCCUUGAAUCACUGACUAACAUGAAAAUAAAAAGUGCUCCCCCGGACCUCCAUGGCCUCUACAAGCGCCUCCACAGUUCCCACCCUCCACCGGCCGUGACGUCACAGGUCCGGGUCCGAGACCAGCCGGCGUUCGCCCACCGCCAGGGUCAAGAGCGCAGGGAGGACCGAGAGAGGAGGACCAGAGACCUUCUGCCCCACGACACCCAACACACCUCCACCGUCCAUGUCACGCCUCCCCGCGGCCGGCCCAUGGAAGUUCUGAAGGUGCAGUCUCACCUGGAUAAUCCCACCAAGUACCACAUCCAGCAGGCCCAGAGGCAGCAGGUGAGGCAGUAUCUGUCCACCACCCUGGGCGGCAAAGCCGGCAGCCAGUGCCCCAGCCAGCCCCCCGAGCACGGCAUGCCGCCCGGGCCCGGCAGCAGCGCCCCCAACAGUCCCAUGGCCCUGCUCACCCUCAGCUCCAACUGUGAGAAAGAGAUGGAUGAUGUCAUUGAUGAUAUUAUUAGCUUGGAGUCAAGUUACAAUGACGAUGUUCUUGGGCUUAUGGACCCAGGACUCCAAAUGAACAACCAGCUCCCUGUGUCUGGAAACCUUCUCGAUGUGUACGGCAGCCAAGGACUUCCACUCCCCGGCCUCGCUAUCAACAACUCCUGUCCAUCCAACAUUAAGAGGGAAUACUCAGGUCCUGGCAUGAAGCAAGUACUGGACAAGCCUGAUCCCUGCAGCAUGUAUGAAAACUAUCAAAGACAAGAGGGCUUUCCAGUAGAGGCUGAAGUCCGUGCUCUUGCUAAAGAGAGACAGAAGAAAGACAACCACAACUUAAUUGAACGAAGACGGAGAUUCAACAUCAACGAUCGCAUCAAAGAACUGGGAACCUUGAUACCCAAAUCAAAUGAUCCAGACAUGCGCUGGAAUAAGGGCACCAUUCUCAAAGCCUCGGUGGACUACAUCAGGAGGCUACAGCGGGAGCAGCAGAGAGCCAAAGAGCUCGAGUGCAGACAGAGGAAGGUGGAGCACGCAAACCGCCAUCUGAUGCUUCGUAUACAGGAGUUGGAGAUCCAGGCCCGUGCUCAUGGUCUCUCAGUGGUGUCAUCCUCAUCUGUCUGCACGUCGGAUUUGAUUGGCCGAGCCAUUAAACAGGAGCCCGUCCUCGGCGAGUGUCCCGCAGAUCUCUACCAACUUAGCUCAGCCCCCGACAUGUCCCCUCCGACCACACUGGACCUCAACAACGGAACCAUCACCUUCGACCAGAUUCCCGGAGAUGCCAGGGACUCCGGUCCCUACGGAACCUCCAGGACCUGUAACAUGAAGGAAUUGGUAAGGGACACCCUGUCGCCGAUGUCCCCGAGUGAUCCCCUGCUGUCCUCGAUGUCCCCAGAUGGCUCCAACAAUGGUAGCAGCAUCCACAGUUCCAGCUCGAGUAUGGAGGAGAAGGAGCACGGCUGUUAGCAUACUGACACUUUCUAUCCGUAGCAUCCCAUCAACGAGGCACUCACCUUAAAGUGACAUGACCGAGUGGAUAAACUCUAUUAUAAACUCUAUUUUUUAUCUUGAUUGCAUAUUGUUCUCAUACUUUUUGCCCAUUUAUUGCUGAACUCUAAUGUUCAAAUGCUGUAUGUUAAUGUGACUGAGGUGUUUCGGUUCCUCGAUUGUACACAGUAUUUUUACAUUCCUCUAAUCUUGAUUAUGACAUAGACUGGUCAACUCUUUGACUUUAAAGUUUAUUUUUGUCUUUUUUAAAAACCAGGGUUUUCAUAUUUGUCCCAAAUAUACUCUGUAUUGAACUGUCCAUGGCAAAAGAGAUAACAUACAUAUGUGAAAAUGUACUGGUAGUAAAGUGCAAAAGGUUUAAUGUUACAAAAAUCAAUUUGAUUUCUGACUUAGUACAUCUAACAGGAUUAAACUUCUGAUGGUCCCAUCGUAUGUAUAAUCACCUGAAACUAAGAAUCGUUGUGUUUUCGUUACCUUAGAAUGAGCGUUUAUAUCUACAUACGGAGCGGGUUCUCUUCACGGAGCCAGUCGCCAUGUUUCUACAGCAGCCCACAAUGGACAAACCAAACUUUGGCUCUGGAUAGGACCAUUUACGUUUUCAUGUUUUCACGUCAGCCACCGUAGUUCUCCUACACGCUUGGCACACGGAAGAAGUUUCAGUUGGCUGCAAUCUGCAACCUCACCACUAGAUGCCGUCAGAUCAUACACACUGUACCUUUAAAGGAUCAAGUAUUGCAUAUAAGUAAUUGUUUCUAAAUAUUUUAAUUUAUAUUUUUUAUACCCUGUGAAUGCUCUUAAUAUAUUCUUAAGAAAUAGCAAAUCAAACAUUGACCACAUGAGAGGUAUUUUUAUUGAUAUUUUUAUUAGUAAGUAUUAUUCACAGCAUUUAUUUAUUUUUUUCUUUUAUUCACUUAGGGCUCUUUUUUAUUACAUUUGAUUACUUUAGAUUAGUUUUCUCUGAGGACCGCCCACAAACACGUUAUUGAUCUUUUCCUAUUCCAUGAUAAUUAAAGUACAAAUUUUGAUGACGAAAUGCAAAUAAGACAAAAGUAGUCUUUGACAAUAUUGGGUAAAUAUAAGGUAAAAUUCCCGAAUAUUGAUCAUGUACUACAGUAUUUUUAAACUGUUAUAAAAAACAAGAAAGAAAAGACAAAUACUUCUUUAUUUUGGGUCCACAGAUGACAAAAGCACUAUAUGUAAGUAAUAAUAUGUAGUAAUGAUUGUAAAAUAAAAUUGAUAAAUAAAUAAACCAAAAUGUGGUUUAUAUGCUAACAAGGACUCACAGCAGCCUUUGUCCAAAUUAUACCACUUUGUAGGCACUGAUCAACUAUUGAUUUCAUCUUUAUCUUACAUUACUCAGAGCUGAGGAGAAGUAUACGGAGGGGAAUCUUCUUUUUUUUAUGUUUGGACAGAACUGGUUGAUACAAUAUGUGACGUUUUUGUUAAUGUUUGUUAUCUCUUGCCAAUAUUGUAAAUAAAUAAAACACUUUGAGAUAUGUUGUA